AUGUCCUCGUCGCCGAGCGCGCACGUCGGCGAGGCGGCAACCGCGACGCGCCCCCUCGAAGGCCGCCUGUGCGGCGACGCGUCCUCCGAGGCCUCGUCGGACGCCGCCGACGACUUGGAGCUGCCGCAGUGCAAGAUAAGGAGGAACUACAGUUGCACAAAGUGCACGUUCUACACGCAGAACCCGCGGGCUUAUCUUAUCCACACGCGCGACGUGCACUUCGUGAAGCUCAAGAUUUAUGAUUGCGCCUUUUGCGUUUACGCAUCUCGACACCAUCAGAAACUCGUUAGGCACAUUAAAAUGGUGCAUAGCGAGAGCGCUCCCGCGAAGGUGCCGGAGCAGCCGUCGUCGACCGUGACGUCGUCGAUGGAGCCAGAGAAGGAGGAAGACCUAUUUGAGGAAGUCGAGGACUGUGAUGAUGGCCAGAUGGAAGUGGAUGAUUGCGGAGAAGACUUGAUUGAGCGUUUGGACGUCGACGGCGACGUGUCAAACGUUGGCAACGCAGCCCCCGGCACUAAAAACAAGGGCAACUUUUUCUCAUGCGACAAAUGCAAUUACGUGACGCACAUCAAGGCCAGGUACACGAAGCACGUGAAAUACCAUUCAAUGCCGAUGAUCAAGUGCACUAUGUGCGACUUCCGGACUCCUUACAAGUGGAACUUGGACCGUCACAUGAAAAACCACGGCGGUACCGGGAGCUUCAGCUGUUCUAUGUGCAACUUCACGGCGGACAUUAGGCAAAGUUUAACAGUGCACGAGAUGAAUCACCACACGCCGCCGGUCGGUCAUUUGGUGUCGAGCCGUCGGCGCAACCGUGUGGGCGCCAGCGACCUGAGCCUCGCCGAGGAAAUGUCGAACGGGGACGCGCUCAUCGGCAAGGAGGAAGAAGGGAGCGGCGAUUCGCGAUCCUCGCACUCGGCCUCGGAAAUGGGCCUACAGUACACGGAACGCGAAGUAGUUAGUUGUAAUAGUGACUCUAAUGACGCCGCUAACUCUGAAACUUCUACUAAGAAUGAUGUCACACAAAAUGAACAACAUCAAGACUUAAAUAACACAAUGUUGGAAGAUUCGAAAUUACAAAAACAGAAUCGAAAAAUUCCCAGACCAAUUCCUCAGCUCAUACCACUUAACUCUUCGACACCAAAUCAAAACAAAAGUGCUUCAGGACAUUUAAAUAAGAAACCCUUCGAAUGUUCUUUAUGCAAAUACAAAUCUAAUUGGAGAUGGGACAUCACGAAACACAUCAAAUUGAAGUCCGCGAGGGAUCCCGACCACACUGAAGCAAAAGUACUAAUGACGGAUGAGACGGGCAGAAGGAAUUAUAGUAAAUACAAUAAAUUCUUAGCUAUGCCCAUAAUGAAUGAAAAGGGAGAAAAUGAAUUCCAUUACAUAGAUCAAAAUACUACAAUUGAUGCCUCGUUGGAAAUUGAUGACUCCUACGAGGUUAACGAGGGUACAAGCACACCAUUAGAAAUACAACCCCUAAACUUGCAAACUCAACAAAGUGAAUACAAAUAUAAUAUUGACAACAGAAAUCAAGACCAGAAAAGACCUAAAAAAACUUUAUGGAAAUGUAAAAAAUGCAAUUACAGAGAUUCAUCAAAAGAAGCAUUAUUAGAACAUGUACGGGAACAUUCAAAGCCGCUCUAUAGUGUAGAAGAUACAAAAUCUCACAGUUCUACACCUAAAAAGCCCGAAAACAUGCCCGAUCCAGCAGACUUAGCCUACCGUUGUGGGCAUUGUAAUCAAUUAUCGAAUUGGAAGCAUGUAAUUCAGAGACAUUGCAGGCUGAAGCAUGACGGAGUGAUAAAAGUUGUAACCACCGUGAAGCCCAAAGUAGAGGGAUCAAGCUCAGCAAAUGAAACCGUAACUGACAACUGUACUAAGUGUCCCUUUAAAACGAAUGACAGAACCUUACUUAUAAUACAUAUGCAACAGCACCAACCAUCGCCUCAGUCUAUUUUCAAGUGCUAUUUCUGUCCAUACUUCGUCAAAGAUGAGCAGGAAUUGGUUCAACAUCUUGUUCUUCACGGCAUUACUGAUCCCGAGGAUUAUAUAGCGAAAGCGAUGGGUUAUGAAGAACAGAUAGCAAAAUUAAGAAAAGUAAUUGAGAAGGAAAAGCUGAAUACAACAGACGAUAUAUCAAAAGAGGACGGCGGAGGCAGCGAGAGCAAACUG